GUACGUCAGGAGCGUAAGUUUUCAUUAGCGUUUCAGGACGUUUACGCAGCACACAACAAGUCGACCGCGAGCACCAGCAGCCAAGGACUUUCGCCAGAACAGAUUCUCAGGCAGCGGUGUUGAUAAUGGCAGUGGACUGGGCUGGAUAUGGAUACGCAGCACUAGUAGCAUCUGGAGGAGUCAUAGGAUACGUCAAAGCAGGCAGUGUCCCGUCCCUGGCAGCAGGGCUGCUCUUUGGUGGUUUGGCUGGUUUUGGUGCUUAUCAGACAUCACAAGAUCCCAAAAAUAUUUUCCCUCUCUUAGCUGCAUCUGGGACACUUGCUGCUAUCAUGGGAAAGAGAUUCUAUAACUCACGCAAAAUCAUUCCAGCUGGUCUUAUUGCUGGAGCUAGUGUGCUGAUGCUGGCAAAACUCGGAGCCGGAAUGCUACAGAAACCUCAGCAAUCAUGAUACCCAAACAGAAAUCACUGUCUACUUUCAUUCAAACAUAAUUUUCUUUCAACAACAUGUCAUUAAAGCUCAUUGUCAUAUUUUGAAUAAAAUGUACAAUAAAAAUGUAGUUGUCAGGAGAAUUUCUGAAUCAAAGAUUUCUAAUACAAACAUGCCCAUUUUAUGCAUAUAAAACACUUACAAAACACUAUUUAUUGAUUUGAGUUCAGCCCAACCCAAUCGCUGUUAUCUACAUUGUAUGUUUAUGUGGUA